UACCAAUAUGCUGAGGUUCUUAAGUCGACGUAAAGCUCGUAAUAAUUAUGUAGAAACUGCUAAUGCAGAUAAUGCAAAUGAUCGCACCGAUGGGCGAGGUCCUUAUGGGGCUGGAGGAGGUGGCGGUGCUAAUUCCUCACAGAUCAAGCCACAACGAAUACCGGUCAAUAAGAACAAGAUUGAUUGCCGCGUUAUACUUUUGGAUAAUACAGAUCUCUCAAUUGAAUUGUCGAAAAAGGCAAUGGGCAACUUUCUGUACGAACAGGUAUUCUACAAUUUGGAUAUUAUUGAGAAAGACUAUUUUGGUUUGCAAUUUAUGGAUGCCAAUCAUGUUAAACACUGGCUGGAUCCCACAAAACCCAUAAAGAAACAAGUGAAAAUUGGUCCACCCUAUACAUUCCGUUUGAGAGUAAAAUUCUACUCCUCCGAACCAAAUACUUUGCGUGAAGAGUUAACUCGUUAUUUGUUUUUCCUACAAUUGAAAAACGAUCUACUGGAAGGUCGUCUGGAAUGUCCUGAGGAUAAGGCAGCCGAAUUGUGCGCUUUGGCAUUACAAUCUGAAUUGGGUGAUUAUGACGAACAGGUUCAUACUGCAGCCACUGUGUCGGAAUUUCGUUUUGUUCCCGAUCAAACAGAAGAAUUGGAAAUUGCCAUUUUAGAAGAAUACAAAAUGUGUCGUGGACUUACUCCAGCCCAAGCUGAAUUGGCUUUUCUCAACAAAGCCAAAUGGCUGGAUAUGUAUGGAGUUGACAUGCAUACAGUUCUGGGAAAAGAUGGAUGUGAAUAUCAUUUGGGAUUGACUCCCACCGGUAUAUUAGUAUUUGAACGUGAUCAGAAAAUUGGUCUAUUCUUUUGGCCAAAAAUAAGCAAACUGGAUUUUAAGAAGAAAAAACUGACAUUAAUUGUCAUUGAGGAUGACGAUGAGGGUCGUGAACAGGAACACACCUUUGUAUUCCGCUUGUACAAUGAAAAAGCCUGCAAACAUUUGUGGAAGUGUGCCGUAGAACAUCACACCUUCUUCCGUUUGAGGGCACCUGUCAAGGGACCAUCAGCACGUCAAAACUUCUUCCGCAUGGGUUCACGUUUCCGUUAUUCCGGCCGUACAGAAUUCCAGGCUACCGUCCAGAGUCGAGCAAGACGUACCGUACAGUUUGAACGUAGACCGUCUCAAAGAUUUGCCAGUCGCCAAUCGCAUUUGAUGCGAGAACGCCAGAAGGCUUCGCAAGAGAAUGCUGCUAGUGCUUUGGCUUCUGUGAAUGCCAGAGCAGCAGCCGCGGCUGCAGCGUCAGCAACGGCUUCGCCCUCAACCCAACCACCAUUGCCCCUAACACCUGACAAUCUAAAUGCAACUGUCGAUUCCAUUCUAUCCACGGCCACCGUUGACAAUCAACCCACCAUUAAUACUAUUACUCCCUCGCCUUCCAUUCAAACGGUUAUACACAACACGUCGGUAUUUGAUGAUGCCAUAUGUGGAAGUUCAGUUCAUUCGGGUUCACAGAAUAAUGCCUGUGCAUCAUUAGGCCGAAAUUCGAUUAGAUCGAAUUCGAGUACUGAUGAUCCGGCGUACAGUAAAAUUGGAUCAUUGGGUAAAGCAGCUGGUUUAACUGUGAAAUUGGAUCCAGAAUGUACUGGUGCUACAAAUAUUGCUCCUUAUUCACCGAAUAAUAUCAAAAACUUUGAGGAAACAAAUCCAUUCCGUACCAAUAUUUCACAUAAUGGUUCAUUUGGCAAAGCAUCCAUACACUCAGGACUAAGCAUUAAGAGUGGCUUGUCGGAUAAAGAUAAAGAGCUAGAUUCAUUACUAAAGUCCAUUGUUAAAGACCCAUCCCCAUCAGUUUUAGCUACUGAAGCAAUUAACGAUGCUAACAGUAUCAGAGUAACCAUCAAUAAAACCUAUGAUAUGGAUCAUAAUACGGAAACCCUGAAACGAUUAUCGAAUUCGGAAAAGCCUAAUAAUCAAGUGAAAUUGGCUAAUGUUGGAGCUGGUGCUUUACCGCCUGGACAUAUAAAAUGUAAUAUUUUAAAAGCUCGUGUCGAAGAAGAGCUUGGAGCUAAUACAAAUGCUAAGCUAACGAAUCAAAUGUUUGUGCCUGCAGCCACAUCGUUAAAUAGUAACAACAAUAACAACAACAUCAUUGGCAAUAGUAACCUAACGAACAGCAUUAUACAUCACAGCGAAGGACCGGACUCACUCAAUGCCACCUACAUUUCAGUGAAACAGAACCACCAUCACAAUCAUGUCAUAUCAACACAAAACGAUGCCAUGGUGUCACCAUGGUUGGUGUCAUCGGAAGUCGUAUCGGCGCCUAAAAGUAAAGAACCAACGAUCAUCAGAAAAUCCGUUAUUACAACACAGUUGUAAGGCGAAUAU